AGGAUUUUUUUAUAUAAAAAAAAUUCUCUUAAAAGAAUAAACCACUGGCCAAACAAUAAAAAAAAUCCCUGAAAAUCCAUACAAAUUAAAAACCAGGUUAGUGGGUUACCCGCCUAUUCAGAAUUUCAGGUUCGGAUUCCGACUACUGAACUAGAAAAACAAAGCAUCUUCUCACUGUCUAGUUUCCUUAACAAUUCAAAAGUGCCCAAAGCCUACUUCCUUAAAAUCCCCAAAAAAGAAUCUUUGCUAUUUCACCCCAAAUAUAUGUCAACAGAACCGACGAUGACGAUGACGACGACCGAACCUUUCAAACCCUACACUCUCUCCCAAACCCUAACCGUCCACAAAAACGCCGUAUCCUCCCUCAAAUUCUCCUCCGACGGCCGCCUCCUCGCUUCCUCGUCCGCCGACAAAACCCUCCGCACCUACUCCGUCUCCCCCAUCAACGCUACUCUCACUCCUAUCCAUGAAUACGCCGGCCAUGACCAAGGCGUCUCCGAUGUGGCCUUCUCCUCCGACUCCCGGUUCCUGGUCUCUGCUUCCGACGACAAAACCCUCCGUCUCUGGGACGUCCCUACCGGCUCCUUAAUCAAAACCCUCCACGGCCACACCAACUAUGUCUUCUGCGUCAACUUUAACCCUCAAUCUAACAUGAUCGUUUCGGGUUCUUUCGACGAAACGGUGCGUAUUUGGGACGUGAAAACUGGUAAAUGCUUGAAAGUUUUGCCCGCACAUUCCGAUCCUGUCACAGCCGUUGAUUUUAAUCGAGAUGGGUCCCUUAUUGUUUCGAGUAGUUAUGAUGGGCUUUGUAGGAUUUGGGAUGCUGGAACUGGCCAUUGUAUGAAGACUUUGAUUGAUGAUGAGAAUCCGCCUGUUUCUUAUGUUAAGUUUUCGCCUAAUGGGAAAUUUAUUCUUGUUGGGACUCUGGAUAAUACUUUGAGGCUUUGGAACUUCGAAACUGGGAAAUUUUUGAAAACUUACACUGGCCAUGUGAAUGCAAAGUACUGCAUUGCAUCUGGUUUCUCUAUAACAAAUGGGAAGUACAUUGUCAGCGGUUCUGAAGACAACUGUGUAUACUUGUGGGAACUUCAGUCUCGGAAGGUAGUUCAGAAGUUGGAAGGCCAUACUGACACUGUUAUUUCAGUUUCAUGUCACUCCACUCGGAACAUGAUCGCAUCUGCUGCACUUGGCAAUGACAAGACUGUGAGGAUCUGGACUCAGGAGAAGGAAUGAUAUGUAUGUUUAAUACCAGUUGUUUAACAUGCUUUAAGUUGGGACACUAGGUAAGAUUUUGAUUCAAUUGUAGACCAACUUGCUUGUCCGGCUGAAAUGUGAAUUAUUCUGGACCGAUUGCUAUUUGUGUAACAUUCUUCCUUGUACCAUAAUUUCGCUAAUGAUUCCCUUUCAACCAAUGUAUCCGAGAACACCCCUUUGAGAUGUGUUCAAAUUUGUUUUUAUUUAAAUUUGUUUUCCUUUUGGGAUCAUUAGAAUAGUAGAAUAAGAGGAAACAUUGUUCAAUAACCAAGAAAAAGUUUUGUCGUCCCUGCUUUCAAUAUAUAACCUCCUGCCAACACUUGAAAGUUAGAAUGGAAUUUUAUAGACAGAGGAUUCCAUG